AAAACAUACGUUACUUUUCAUUUCUUCCCAUUUACGCAAUUGUCCCUAUCGUCCAACAUUGAUUCUCUAAUUUCAACCUCCACCUAAGCUACCUUAUACCGCGCUCCGCAGCGCAACAUAAUCCCCAUAAUGCCGCUCAACGCGAAACCCUUAAUAAGAGCCUCUAGGCUUGGCUCGCUCACCCGCCAAUCCCAAACCCCUCGCGCCUUCUACUCGAGCGGCGCACGACUCCCCGGAGGCACCCUCGGCGAAGCCUCCACCCCCGGCCAAGCAGCGCCGCUCGGCCCCUACUACGAAGCCAUCCUCAACAAGCCGCAGCCGAUCCCCGAGGUCAAGCCCGAGGAGCCCCCCACAUCGUCGCCCAAGUCGCCGCGGACGACCGUCAAGAAGGCGCCCGCGCAGAAACCCAAGGAGAACGCCGACAAAAAAGCCGCCGCCGCCGCCGCCGCGUCGUCGCCAUCCGGACCUCAAACAUCCGCGAAGCCGGCCACAGCUCAGGAAAAGGCACGUAUAAUCUUUGGCUCGCGACUCGUCGGCCCCGCCGAGCGAGCCGAGCGCCUCGCCGCCAUCCGGAACCGCAGUACGCUAAUAGCCGGCGUGUUAGUCCCCCCGCGGCCAGAAGAGCCCGACAACUGCUGCAUGAGCGGGUGCGUGAACUGCGUCUGGGACCGCUUCCGGGACGAUAUGGAGGAGUGGGUCGCCGCGUCCGCGAGGGCUGAAGCAGCGCUGCAGGCUCAGCGGUCGCAAAAGGCUCGUACUCCAGGAAAAGUUGCGGAAACGGUUCAGGGCACGGAACAGCGCAUACCAGACCGGGCUGGCCCGGCUGGUGCAGUGUCUAUGGAUGACGAUGGUGGUGGCAGCGAAACGAACUGGCAGACGGAUUUGAAGAUGGCCGAUCAGCCCAAAAUCGCAAAGGACCUCUGGGAUGACGACCUAUACAAGAACGUCCCGGUGGGUAUUCGGGAGUUUAUGAAGCAGGAAAAGAAAUUAAAGGAAAAACACAUCAAGGAAGGGACUUUCGGCGCUUAGAGAAAAGAUGGCUACAUCAUAUAUACCCUUGUGUCGAGAAAUAGAACAAUCCACCAAACCCUCUGGUCGCACGCGAGUUUGACUUGAUGUGGAAUUUGUUCCGAUACUUCGUUAUUCUUUUUGGUGUUCGGCCUGGGCCAUUACUAUCUCGAUGCGUAUCGAGCAUGCCCUUAUGUUGUCUAUCAACACGCCAUGUCUA